GCGGCGGUCAAAAAAUCUGCAUUUAUUAGCUGGAGGACAUUUACACCAAAGGACACAAGUACAUACAUGCGCGCGCGCGUGCACACACGUCCUCCAGAGGUGCAGCAGCCCGCACACCACCAAACUGUUUCUACGUAUGUGCAGUCACAGUGCAGACAGAGGUUGUAAACAUGGCGGCGGACGGGAUGGUGCUCACUAACCACGACCAUCAGACCCGAGUGGGCAUUCUGACGGUCAGUGACAGCUGUUACAAGAACUUGGCCGAGGACAGGAGUGGAGUCAACCUGAAGGACUUGGUCCAUGAUCCCUCACUGCUUGGAGGAUCCAUAGCAGCCUACAAGAUUGUUCCCGAUGAAAUUGAUGAAAUCAAGGAAACUCUUUUGGAGUGGUGCGAUGAACAGGAGCUGAAUCUCAUUCUCACCACUGGAGGAACUGGCUUUGCACCACGAGAUGUCACACCUGAGGCCACUAGAGAGGUGAUAGAGCGAGAGGCUCCGGGUAUGGCACUGGCCAUGCUGAUGGGAUCACUCAAUGUUACACCACUGGGCAUGCUGUCCAGGCCAGUGUGUGGUAUUCGUGGUAAAACUCUGAUCAUCAACCUGCCAGGGAGCAAGAAGGGCUCUCAGGAGUGUUUUCAGUUCAUCCUGCCUGCUCUGCCCCAUGCCAUUGACCUGCUGCGUGAGGCCACAGUCAGGGUUAAAUCCACACAUGCAGCCCUGGAACAGCUGCCCUCUCCUUCCCCCCUGCUGGCCAACACGCACACCAACACGCACACCAAUACACACACCAUGGAGCGUGGUACCCAGUGCGAGGAAGAAGAUGAUGAGGAGGAGGACCGCAGGAGAGGUCGACAUGCACACAACCACCACCACCACCACCAUCACCAGCAUGGCUCCUCCCACAUCACCGCAGCUGCUAUUGCUGCCAAGACAAGUCAUGCUGUGGUCAUGGCUAAGGGGGGUCCCUAUCUGCCUGGAAACACACCUGACCCCCCCUCUCAUUUCACCUGCUCCUGCACUCAUGACCAGCAGAUCCCGGACUCGAUCAUUUCUCGAGGUGUUCAGGUGCUUCCUCGAGAUUCUGCCUCUUUAAGCUCCACCCCUUCCGAGUCACCACGGGCAACACAGGCAACCUCCCGCCUUUCCACCGCCUCAUGCCCGACACCCAAGGUUCAGUCACGAUGUGGCAGUAAUGAGAACAUUCUGAGAGCCAGCCACAGCGCAGUGGACAUCAGUAAAGUGGCACGUCGCCAUCGCAUGUCCCCUUUCCCAUUGACGUCAAUGGACAAAGCCUUCAUCACUGUUCUAGAGAUGACACCUAUUCUGGGAAUUGAAGUCAUUAACUACAGAGACGGUUUGGGUCGAGUGCUCGCUCAGGACAUCUAUGCCAAAGACAACCUUCCUCCAUUCCCUGCCUCUGUUAAAGAUGGCUACGCUGUACGAGCUGCUGACGGCCCAGGAGAUCGCUUCAUCAUGGGAGAAUCACAGGCUGGACAACAGCCGACCCAUACAGUGAUGCCAGGUCAGGUGAUGAGGGUGACGACUGGGGCUCCCAUUCCUUGUGGAGCUGAUGCUGUGGUCCAAGUAGAAGAUACCGAGCUGCUGAGGGAGUCUGAAGAUGGUACAGAGGAGUUGGAGGUUAGGAUAAUGGUCCAGGCCCGGCCUGGACAGGACAUCAGGCCAAUAGGUCAUGACAUCAGGCGAGGGGAGUGUGUGUUGGCUAAAGGCACACAUAUGGGCCCUUCAGAGAUUGGCCUGCUGGCUACAGUGGGAGUGACUGAGGUCAGCGUGCACAAGUUCCCUGUAGUGGCUGUCAUGUCCACUGGAAAUGAGCUGCUGAAUCCAGAGGAUGACCUCCACCCAGGGAAGAUCAGAGACUCUAACCGCUCCACUCUUUUGGCCACCAUCCAAGAACAUGGAUACCCCACUAUCAACCUGGGCAUUGUUGGAGACAACCCUGAUGACCUGCUGUCUGCUCUUCAUGAGGGGAUCAGUCGUGCCGAUGUUAUCAUCACCUCAGGAGGCGUGUCCAUGGGAGAGAAGGACUACCUAAAGCAGGUGCUGGAUAUUGACCUUCAUGCUCAGAUCCACUUUGGACGAGUCUUUAUGAAGCCAGGUCUUCCUACUACCUUUGCCACAGUUGACAUUGAUGGAUCACGGAAACUCAUCUUUGCUCUGCCAGGCAACCCAGUGUCUGCAGUGGUGACAUGUAACCUGUUUGUGAUUCCUGCUCUGAGGAAGAUGCAAGGCAUUCUGGACCCUAGACCUACUAUUAUUAAAGCUAGGCUCUCCUGUGACGUUAAGCUGGAUCCCAGACCAGAAUACCACCGCUGUAUUCUAACCUGGCAUCACCAGGAGCCACUGCCCUGGGCACAGAGCACAGGAAACCAGGUAUCCAGCAGGCUAAUGUCCAUGCGUAGUGCCAACGGCCUACUGAUGUUACCUCCUAAAACAGAGCAGUAUGUGGAACUGCAUAAAGGAGAGGUUGUGGACGUCAUGGUCAUCGGACGGCUAUGAUGCAGACUUUAAUGACACACUCUACCGAUUACCAAGGCAGUGCCAGGACUUCCUGUCUGGACAGGAAACAGGGGAGGGCAGGAAGUGAUGCAUGUCUACCUGGUCGCCAUUAGCUGUGAUGUCAUAUGCAACAGCAAAUGGGAGCCAGCGCAGGCUGAAUCCUCAUUGGUCUGCUCUGAGGAGAUCACUGUAUUUCAAUGGAGAAAAAAAUGUGAAAAAAAAUAUAUAAAAUAUGAGAUUUAUUCUGUAAUAAUAUUAUGAUCCCAAUGAUAAUGAUUAUUAAUACUGUUAAUUAAUAUUCUAUUUAUUAUGACUCUCAUGGUUCUGAUUGAAUAUUAUCAUCUUAGUAGUAAUCAUGCCCUCUUCUCUCCUGUUCAUUUGCUUUGUGCGUUCAACAUUUCCCUGGUAGAUCUAGAGAUGUAGAGACUUUUCCCUCCUUCCUCCACUCCUCCUGACCUUGUUUCCCUUUCUCUCCCCCUCCUUUUUCUUCUUCUUUUUCUGUCUUUUUAUGCUCUGUCCCCCCCGUAUGCAGAUAUAGGAAUUCCUUGAUAACUCGCCCCUGCAGUAUCACUACAACCCGUCCUAGAACACACUGACCCUAACAUCAGUAUUGACAGACAUAUGAACUAAAGGCUUUUAAAAAUCUCUUCAAUGAAACUGCUGAUAUAGUUUGUGCCAGUAUAGUAAAUAUGACUUUUUUGCCAGGGGCAAGGAUUGUUUGUACUUUUUUUUUUUUUUCAUCCAGAUAACUCUAAAAUCACUAAAACUCGUCAUGACUCACACUGAAAACCAUGAAACUCUUCUCGGUGAGUUGUGGCUCAGCUGUAGGCAGUGUGAGGCAGGAUUUAAAUCCUCCCUCACCACACUACAUUUUAGCUGCUGGAUUUAUCUGUUCUGACAUUACAUACAGUAUGAACAUGAUCAUUAUAAUAUAAUAUGUAAUGACUUUAAUGAUCUGUAGUAAUCUCAGAGGUCGUCCACCCUGACCUAACCCUGCAUUUAAAUGUUUGAUUUACCCGAGUUCAAGGUUUACAUCAUAAACAUACAUUAUAAAAUUAAAAUACUUAUAUAGUCUUUGAUAAAUGUCAUUUUUGCAUUUUUAAGACUAUUAAAAAAUAAGGAUGGCUUUAUUCUAUUUUCUAUUUUUCCUACUGUCAUAAAAUCCUAGGAAAAGACCCAACCAACAAUGUGUUAGUCAGUACUCCCUACCCCAUCUGAGGCCUUCAACCACAACCCAGCUGGUUCCUGCGUACAAUGAAAAUCUUUAAAUUAGUUUGACAUUUCAGGAAAUACUCAUGUUUGCUUCCUAGCUGAGAGUCAGAUGAGAAGACUGAUAUCUGUCUGCCCAUCAAAUCUGGAGCUACAACCAGUAGACUGGACUCCAUACAGACUGGAAGCAGUGGGGAAACAGCAAGCCAGGCUCUGUCCAAAGGUUACUAAAAUCCACCUACCAACUCAACCUGUUUUUUCUUUUAUGGAUUCAAGACAUAACGUGUUAAUUAGUAAAGAGGCGUGGGUGGGCAGGGUGUGUCAGACCGACAUAAGUGUGGUAGAGAGCUUCAUAUUAAGCAGACAUGAAAGAGUGGCAUCAAUCUUUUCAUCUAACUCAUGGUAAAAAAGUAAACAUUUUUAUCAGUAUGUCAAACGGUUUCUUUAAAACAGGUGAGAAAUAUAUAGUUCGGGUUUUUUUUAAAGGCUCAGUUAUUUCUAACAGCUGACCACUGUAGUUUUGAGCAAACUUUACUAAAACCGAAGUAAACUGUGUUUAUUGUGGGCUGUUUUUAGCCAGGGAUUUAUCCACAUUUGACCUUGUGGCUCACUGGUGUGUUUUUCAUUGUCAUUGUUUUGGACAACAGUGGAGCUCAAUAGCACAUAUGAAUAAGAUGUAUCAGGCUUUGGAUACACUCACAGUACUUGGUAGUUGGAUCAAUUCACGAGAUUUGUUGACACUAUGAAAAAAAAAUAAAAUAAAAUACUAUCAUCCUGUCAGUAGCCAAAGAUUAUUCUACUUUGUUGACAGCCAGUCUCCAAGGCUGGCUUCUUUUUGGCUAUUUAGCAGGCAUAAUUUUUCCCCCCAAAUUUUACCCAUAAACCACACAAACAUGAAUGAAUGAGUUGUGACAUACUAUAUUCCCAACUCAGAGAAAACUCCAACCCAAUGUUUGUUGAAAGCAGGGUGUCGCUUUCAGGUGCUUGUAAAUUACACAGCUGGUGUUUUUCUACCAUGACAGUGGUAAGGUGCUUGUUAAAGUAAAAAUAUCAAUACAGUUCAAGGUUGUAAAUCUAACUGCAUCAUUUGACUGCUUUUCUGUCAAUGUACUGUAUGUAGUCUGAGCAGCUCUGAGAAACAUAGAAAACCUUGUUUGGUAUUUAGCCCACUACAAAAGCUUACUUUACUCCUACAGACUAGUAGACCUGUUGGCUGCAACAUCCUGUUGAUCAAACACUGACCUUAAAUUGUUUACCAGGUAACAAGGACCAUUCACAUCCAUCAUAAGACGUUUGUGAGUCCCAAUCGUUCACCAAUGCACCAUGCCUUACCCCUCUAGCUCCUCUUUUUUGCAUUGGGAUCAGUGCCAAACUUGGUCAAAGAUCUAAUGCUGCAUUCAGGUCAUGUUGGGAAAACCGGUACAGAAUUAUGGCACUUAUUUGAAUUUAAUGGUACGUCACGACACCGGGAUGACACAACUGAUGUUUUUUUCCUAGAUGUCAUUGAUGCUGCUGAUGUAAGAAAUAUGAAGUCAGCAAUAUUUACAGACAAGAUGCUCAUGUCUAGUAUGAUCUAGCUAUUGUCACCUGAAUACUGCAUUAGUCAGUAAUUCUGACCUUUAACUGUCUCCCCUUAUAGGCUGACACAGUCUUCCUCACUUCUUCCCUCAUUCCUCCCUCUCUUCAACUUACUCUUUCUCUCCCCACCUUCUUCACACUUGCAUGCCCAUAAAGUGGGGCGUGUCUUUCUCUUUGGGCAGGUCUGAUCCCAGGUGAGAGAUCAGGGUGCAGCACCUGGGCCUGGCUUCUGAUCUGACUAAAUGUUACAUUUAUGGUCAUUCGUGAUGCAGUUAUUGGUGAGGAAGAAGAGUUUUCUAAGUCCAGGCUCUGGUACCAACACUGUCUUUUCAUUUAUUCCUCUAGCUCAGAUGUCAGAAACAUCCCAGUUACCUCAAAUGCACCAUAUACAGUAUCUAUCAAUGGCUCAUGCUGGGUUCAUGUCAUGUAAGAAGACAAAGUGGGAAAAAUAAAGUGACUUUUUUGCAAGAAUUUAAAGGUGGACAUUAAUUCUUCAGAAGGCUGACAUCCAAAUUAAAAAAGGAUUGAAGUAUUCAAAUACUCGACUCCAUUUAUCAUUUUUUCGGCAGCAUAGGAAACCCAUUCGGACAUGAACGCAGCAUCAGAGCAUGUCCUGGCACCUGCCCAAAGAAGACCAGUCAAACCCAGAUAGAUUCAUUUGAUUAAGAAGAAGCAGGUUAUUGUUAAACUGCCUUUGUACUGAGUGAUUCGUAACACUGGACUGAACUCAGUCACACUGCACACACUAUAAACUAUGACCAGCACUUGUAAUGAAGCAAUGACACAGCAUUCUACUACUUCUGUAUAAAUAUAAUGAAGAGGAUGUUUUUUCUGUAAUGAUAUUGAAACUGAAGAUGAAUUAAUAAAAAUAAUCCUGAUUAUUCUGUAUGUUCUGUUUGGG